GGUGGGAGGGAGGGAGAGGUGCUACAGACACAGGCAGACGAAAUGAACCCUCUAUUUGCUGGGAUCCUGCUCAGCACCCUGCUGGGGGCUGCCCUGGGAAACCGCAUGCGGUGCUAUGACUGCGGUGGAGGCCCCAGUGGCUCCUGCAAAGAGACGGUGACCACUUGCGGAGAGGGCGAACGCUGCGGCUUCCUGGAGCGCAAACCCCAACCAGAGCUGGCACAGACCAAACUGUCUGGAAACCCCUCAGUGACCUUGAUUCAUCACCAUCCAGCCUGCGUGGCAGCCCAUCAUUGCAAUCAAGUGGAGACAGAAGUGGUGGGAGACGUGACUUAUACGACCCACAGGGACUGCUGCGUCGGCGACCUGUGCAACGGUGCUGUGGCGAGCACUGCAGCCCCCGUGAGCAUCGUGGCUGCAGCAGUCACCACGCUGGCCUGGCUCUUGCCAGGACUCUGGAGAGGGUAAUGGGAGCAGGGGUGGAGAAGGCAGCAAGGAAAUAAAGGAGAUCUGUGAGCCAUUAAAAUCUAUUGACCACUCCA